AUCAAUCUUUCCUCUCUUCUGCAGCCGAGCCAGCCUACCCCUCUGCACCGCGCCCAGCCUUGCACUCCCACGCCUGCUCAGCACCCCUAGCUCCUACGUCCCUAGUUCAUGCGCCCAGCUCUGCACCGAACUAGCCAUCAUCCCCCCCUCGCACGCCUGCAACCUGCCCUGCACCGAGCCAUCAUCGCCCCCUCGCACGCCCAGCCUAGCUGCACCAGCCCUGCACCUACGCCCUUGCUCCCUGCUCUGCGCCCAGAUCGUUUGCACUCUGCCCCAGCCUGCACUCUGCUGCGCCCGGCCUUGCUUCCUGCACCAGCUUUGCUCUGCACCAGCUUCUGCGCUCUGCACCAGGUCGCCUGCACUGUGCUUGCCCUGCUGCACCCCACUGCCGGCAAUGAUGCCCCUGCACGCCCGAGCCAUCAUCAGCACUCCACGCCCCUGCCUCCCUGUACACCGCGCCUCACCCCAAUCCCGCGCCUCUGCACCGCUGAUUUACUGCAGCCCCCAACCUUGCCUCACAUGCAGAAAAGACAAGGAGUACCGGAUAAAUUGGCAUCAUUGAUUGACAGAGCAAGGCCCUUGUCUUUUGUUGCAUCUUAUUUUUAUUUUUUGGGGUAUAUAUAUAGGGCAAAAGCAGAGUAAUGGGGUGUGGGGGUUUUUGGGUUGAUUUUGGGUCUGUUUGCCUGGGAGUCUCGUCUGAGUUUUGAGAGCAGAAGAAGGAAAUUCUGAGGAGAAGAGGGGGUCUUUUGCUGGUUGAUUUUCGAGUUUAGUUUGAAAAGAAGAUCGAUUCUGCUCGCUGGAGGUGGGAAAACAAAAAGGGUAUUCUUGCUUUAGGUAAUCUCCUGAACAGAGGGAUUUUUGGGAAGGAUAGUGAAGGAGACGAACGGAGCCUGGUCCCGUGGGUGGGAUCCCUCCCUUCCGAUCUGGAUCUACCUCCUAAAAAUUCUGCCGUGGGUGUUUUUGUUAUUUUCUGUUGAUUUUGUUUAGAUCUGUGUUUAAGUUUGUAUGUGUUUCGUUGGAAAAUGAAUGAAAAAUCAAAAAAGAUUGUUCUGUUUAUUUUACCUGAUGAAUGUGUUUCUUGCUGAAAAUGAGAAGUAAAAUGAUGAACUCUAA